AUGGUGAUGGAACUGGCGGAGCAAAAAGGGGAAGAGGAAGAUGGGCGCAGGUGGUGCCCAAGGAAGGAGAAAGGUAGAGCAAUGGCAGGAGCUGCGGUAGAAGCUUUGGUUGGAGCUGCAGUGGGAGCUGCUGUAGGAGUUAUGGUUGGAGAUCGUUUGAGAGCUGUGGCUCGAGCUGCAGCAGGAGCUGAGGUUGUAGCUAUGGUUGGAGCUGUGAUUGUAACUGUGGAUGGAGCUCUGGUUGGAGCUGUGGCUGCAACUAUGGCUGGAGCACUGGUUGGAGCUAUGGCUGCAGAUGUGGCAGGAGCUGUGCCAAGAGUUGCGGCAUGA